AAAGUCCACAUAUAACCGAACACUUAAGUUUGAAGAACCAAAUCUCUUCCUUUUCUUUCUCCUUCUCCCCUUCUUCAAUGGAUGGCCAUGUUGAGCACAAGAACACAUCUUUAGAAGAAGUAUCCUUCAUGAGUUUAACUGAUUGCUUACAAAGCUCAUUACUAAUGGAUUAUAACUUACUCGAGAAGGUCUUCAAAUUCCCACCUUAUAGUUCCCCUUUUCAACCCGUUACACCAUCCAAUAUGGGCCAUACAGUAAACAACCCUCACCUAAAUCUCAGCUCGAAUUCUCCGAUGGUCUCAUCUUCCUCCAAUGAAGCCGAUCCUAAAGAGAACCCCAACGAUAAUAAGAGUGACCGAAUGGAGGAGGACAUCGAAGGCGACCAACAUGGUGUAGGUGAAUGUUCCAAGCUAGUGAAAAAAGAAGGUAAAAAGAAAGGAGAGAAGAAAGAGAGAGAAGCUAGGGUUGCAUUUAUGACCAAAAGCGAGAUUGAUCAUCUUGAAGAUGGUUAUAGAUGGAGAAAAUAUGGACAAAAGGCCGUCAAGAACAGCGCUUUUCCAAGGAGUUACUAUCGGUGCACAACACAGAAGUGCAACGUGAAGAAACGUGUAGAGAGAUCGUUCCAUGAUCCGUCGAUCGUAAUUACAACAUACGAAGGAAAACACAACCAUCCGAUCCCAUCGACGUUGAGAGGAACCGUGACCGCUGAACAUCUAUUAGGCCACCGUGGUGGUGGAAGCAGUUUCCUCCAUAGCUCCCCUCGUCACCAUCAAGAUCUUCUCAUGGUAAAGCAUCCUCCGGCCAAUUAUCAACCAGUGGUUUCUAUGUCGUACGAACAAGGUCAUGUGAUCAAUAGUUACAAUAAUAAUAACUAUCAACCAGGUGUUGACUAUGGUCUUCUUCAAGAUAUUGUUCCUUCAAUGUUCUUGAAGCACGAAUCUUGAAAGAGGGCACGUACUAUAUAAUCGAAGCUUUAUGAUUACAUUAUAAAGUAUAUAAAGAUAAAUAAUUUAGUACUCUAUAUAGUAUAUAUAUAUAUAUAUAGAAGAGUAGAUUAUUAGGUGUUUCUAAUAAUUAUUAAUAUCUUUAAAUGCAUGUGUAUAUGUAUUUCACUGCUGACAGCCCCUAGCUACUACUAAUUAUUUGAACUUUGAUUCUUGUAAGAGUUAAAACUUUGUGAACGUCUAUAAUCUCUAUAUAUGUUUUACA